AUGAUAUAUUUUGAAGGAGUGGCAUGACCUAUGCUGCUGGAAUCGAAAACCAGACCGGAUAACGUUGUCACUCUACUCUACCCACACUCUGUUCUGUCAUUUGGAUUUGCAUAACUAUUCACACUGCUACACAUAACAACAACAACACAUGCUUUAAUUUUCCAUUCUCAAUUUCCAAUGGCUUCUUUUCCUCUUUAUCACCCAACCCAGACCUUCUUCUCCAACACCCAGUUCAAAGGUUCGCGCAGUGGCUUCUUGUGCCGACCCACUUACUCAUUUGGUUCUCAUGCUCGAAACAAAGCACCACCCAUCAAAGCUUUGGUUGAUGCACCCCCAUUUCCAUUGUUUCGGCCUCCCCAAGUUGAAGAAUCAUCAUCCUCUGAGUUGGAGCCUGCAGAUCCUGAUUUCUACAAGAUUGGUUAUGUCCGAAGUGUGCGAGCUUAUGGAGUUGAGUUUAAGGAAGGGCCUGAUGGUUUUGGUGUGUAUGCUUCCAAAGAUGUAGAGCCUCUUCGCCGAGAAAGGGUUAUAAUGGAAAUUCCUCUUGAAUUGAUGUUAACCAUAAGCAAGAAGCUCCCAUGGAUGUUUUUCCCUGAUAUAAUUCCCAUGGAUCAUCCAAUAUUUGAUAUUAUCAACUCGACAAAUCCAGAGACAGAUUGGGACCUAAGGUUAGCAUGCCUUCUCUUAUUUGCGUUUGACUGUGAAGACAACUUUUGGCAAUUGUAUGGCGACUUCUUACCCAGUGCAGAUGAAUGCACUAGCUUACUUCUAGCCUCAGAGGAGGAACUUUUGGAGCUGCAGGAUCCCCGUCUUGCUUCAACUAUGAGAAACCAGCAACAAAGAGCCUUAGAAUUCUGGGAGAAUAACUGGCACAGUGCUGCACCCCUUAAAAUAAAGUGUCUUGCUCGUGAUCCUCAAAGGUUCAUUUGGGCUGUAAGUGUUGCACAGUCACGAUGUAUUAACAUGCAGAUGAGAAUUGGUGCUCUAAAUCAAGAAGCAAAUAUGCUGAUUCCUUAUGCUGACAUGCUGAACCAUUCAUUUGAGCCAAAUUGUUUUUUCCAUUGGCGUUUUAAGGACAGGAUGCUUGAGGUUCUUACAAAUGCUGGACAGCGCAUUAAAAAGGGAGAUGAGAUGACAGUCAAUUACAUGAGUUCGCAGAAGAAUGACAUGUUCAUGCAAAGAUAUGGAUUUUCAUCGCCUGUGAAUCCUUGGGAUGUGAUCAAAUUCUCAGGAAAUGCACGUAUUCAUUUGGAUUCCUUCCUGUCAAUCUUCAAUAUAUCUGGCCUUCCUGAAGAGUAUUACCAUAACAAUCGUCUAUCAAACCCUGGAGAUACUUUUGUCAAUGGAGCAGUCAUAGCUGCAGCACGAACAUUGCCAACUUGGUCAGAUGGGGACGUGCCUCCAGUCCCUAGUGUGGAAAGAAAGGCUGUGAAGGAGUUGCAAGACGAAUGCCAAAAGAUGCUUGCAGAAUUUGCUACAACCUCUAAACAAGACCAGAAAUUGCUAGAUUCCAUGACAGAUGCUACAAGGACACUUGAAGCUGCAAUUAAGUAUAGAUUGCACAGGAAAUUGUUCAUUGAAAAAAUCAUCCAAGCAUUGGAGAUGUAUCAAGAGAAAAUACUGUUUUGAUCCCAAUCUUCUAACUGAAGAAUAGUCAGGAAAAUUUUGUCACUUUGCUGUAUAACUGUAAUCUGUGUCACUAAAAAUAAUGUUUAUCCAUGGACUGCAUGUCAU